UGAAAGAUGUAAACGGAUAUUGGGUUUUAAUAGUUUGCCUUGACACUAUAUGGGCAUAUUCUCUAUCACUUUGCUCAGUGGACGAUGCAAAACGGUAGUCUGUCACAAACAGCAGCAGCAUUUCGAGAUGUGUACGUCCAGUCUGUGGCAGUGACAUUAAGACAAAACAUUCUGGAAGUGUGUGUGUGUGCGUAAGCGUGUGUGUGGGUCCGUGUGUGUGCGAGAGAGAGAGACUCGCUGUGCGUCUAGAAAGAACUUAAUAAGGUGCUCUCCGAGUCUGGCGAAAAUUAAUUUAUCUGACAGUAGAACAGUUAAAGAGAGGGGGGACGGACAGGAGCCAGUGGGGACUGUGGCGGCUCCAGAGAGCUGUCACUUUCCUUGUGUGUACGUGUGUGUGUGUGUGCGGAGACGGAUUAUACGCACGUUACGCGGAGCGCAGUUGUGGCGAUGCAUUCAAAGAUGUGCAGCGGGGAUCAGUGAGCGCCAGCCCGGACCUUCAGCGGCAUAAUCGGCGCGAUAACAGGAGAAGGGGAUCUGGCUGGUUUUGCGGGGCGCAGUCUCUGCGCAGAACAGGAUUUGGCCUCGUUGUGUGGUUUAUUUGUUUUGAUGAAUAGCCCUUUAGUGGUGCAGACGAGUGAAAGUCAAAGAUGCGCACCACUGAACAAAGGAUUUAGGGGGAAACGAUCAAGAAUCUUUUCCUCAUUUUAAUCCUGACACCCGGGUGUCUUCCAUCUGCCCACUUUGGACUCUGCAAGUCUCAGCAUUCAUGCCCAUUCUGCCUCUGAGGACAACGGACAAGGCUGAGUAACCGUGUUCCUUUAGUUUUCAGCCUGGAGUAGGGGGAAUCAUCUGGACUGAUCGCGUACAAGUCCAUGUGGAUGGAGAGUGAACACGCAAAUACAGCGAGCGGAGCUGACUCCGAAAUGUGACAUUUUCACUCCUUCUCCAGCCCUUCCUGACAAGAGUGCAUCUUCCUUCGUCCUCGUUCGGAUUUGUUUACAUCGAUUAAGCCCUCUGUCCACAUUUAAGGUGCUUUUCUCACAUAAAAAUAGACCGCCUUCAAAUUCUGGGGAGAAUACGUGUUAAGAUGAUGUCAGAAAUGUACACGUUUUAGGAUCAAAGAGACACAUGAAUCACAGAUGAAGAAAGAAUACAACUCAGAGAUGGCAUUCCUCCCGGUCCUCCUCCUGCUGCUGCUGACUGUUGCUCAUCGUGCCACCAGUCAAGACUCGGAGGACUCUGAGGCUCUCCCAAGGGGCUGCGGCUGGGGCCUUGUGCGUCCCUACACCCUCCUCUGUGACCUGGACUCUAUAUGGGGUGUGGCUGUUGAGUCAGUGGCUGCCGGUGGGGCGCUGACUGCCAUCUUGCUAGCCCUAAUCCUGCUGUGCCGUUUACGCCACAUCAGUGAGGCUGAGAAGCGCAGCGGCGUGGGACCCAUUCUCCUGCUGCUACUGGGCAUCCUUGGUUUGUUCGGCCUGAGCUUUGCUUACCUGAUCGAGCAGGAUGAGUCUUUGUGUUUGCUCCGCAGGGCCCUGUGGGGUCUCCUGUUUGCAGUCUGCUUUUCCUGCUUGCUGGUACAGGGCGUCCGCCUGCGCAGGCUUGGCCGUGAGCGCCGGAGCCCUGGUGGCUGUGCCCUGACAGGCCUUGCACUGGGUCUGAGUGCCGUGCAGGGCAUCAUUGCCGCUGAAUGGCUACUUCUGACCGUCCUGAGGGAGGGACGAGCCGCCUGUCAGUACCUGCCCCUGGACUUUUCUCUAGCAUGCAGCUAUGUACUAGCGCUCCUGCUAGCUGCGCUGAUUGCUGCAUCCCUGGCCCUGUGUGGGAAGACGCGUCAGUGGCGCUGCAAUGCCGUCUGGCUGCUGGUGACCUGCCUGCUGUCACUGCUGCUGUGGGUGGCCUGGGUGGGCUUCUAUCUGUAUGGCAAUGCCUGGCUGGGGAGGUCCCCAGACUGGAAUGACCCGGCACUGGCCAUUGCUUUAGUGGCUCAGGGCUGGCUGCUGCUGAUCUUCCAUGCCAUCCCUGAAUCCCACAUCUGCCUGAGACCCCCUCCACAGCCCACUGCCCCGGAUUACUUUGACACCUCCCAGAACUCAACGCGCAUGAGGGAGACCAGCUUCGAUGAAGACAUCCCUCUCUCACACAGGCAGUUUGUGGAGAACCAGGGCUACGGAUACAACGAUGAGAACACUGCAGGCUUGAGGAGCGGUAGCAGCACUGGGCAACAUAACAGUAACACCGGCACAAGGCCCAGCGCUCCUUUCCGCAGCAACGUCUACCAGCCUACCGAAAUGACCAUGAUCCUGAACGGGGGAGCGGUGAGUACAUCCGCCCAGUCACAGGUUCCCUCAGCCCCUCCAACCUACACAGGGAGGCAGCUGUGGUGAGUGUUAGGAUUGGAAAGAAGAUGUGUGGUAGAAAACGAAGAGAAGAAGAGGAUGGAGAGGGUGAGGAGGGAGAUGUCCGGGACGAGGAGCCCGCCUGGGUGAAUUGGACUUAAAACAUGGAUGCCAAUGGGGCCCUUUCACUCUGUGUACAGACCUAAAUCACUGACUGUGUGCCAAUCAACCAUAGCAUGAGUGUGUAUGUGAGACUGAGGAGACUGUAGGAUAUGGAGGACAGAGCUAAAGCUCUUCUAGCACACAAAUCUCUAUGGAAGGGUUGAAAAACUCGACCAGCAAGUAGCAAAACAAAACGCACGCUGACUCAGAUCUGAAAAAAAUGAACAUGCCGCAUUCUCAUUCUUCCUUUUCUUUCAUUUGCUCCCCUGAGACUACAGCACUGUAAGCAUCUUAAAAUACUGUGAAAUUAUCCCUUUUUCCUGCUCUGUCUCUCUUUCCUGUCAGUCAGGAUGCCUUUUCUGCUGCUCCUCACAAUGCUGGCGUUCAAGCAGAAACAUUUGGCUCUGUCCUCCAUCCAUCCACAGAGUAAGGUGAAAGACAAGAGCACAUGGGCGACUGUACAGCUUGAGCAACGCCCUCUUAAAAAGAAUGCAGCCUCUGUGGAUGUGUGUAUAGAGUAUAUGAGAGGGGUGCAUGUAUUCCCUACGCCUCAACUCUGCCGCUCCAAUAAACCUUCCCUCUCCAGACUGUUACUCCUCAGCUUCAGCACCCUCGAACAUGUCUCCUUCGUCCCUCUCCAUCUCUGUUGCCGGUUUGCAUAUCUCUGCACCGUCUGUGAAUAUAAUGCAUAACUCUGCUCACCUUGCGUCAUCCUCCCACCUGCACGGACACUUAACAAAAUGCAAAACAAACUGUGAAGCAUGACUUGCGGUCGGAGAAGACGUUCCAGGUGACCGCGCAUCCAACAAAAGCAGCCCGAACAUAGGGAUCACAAGCUGCUGGUGAACUGCUGUUAGACAUAUAUUCAGAUAUGAAGAAAAGUGGAUUCUGAUUGGACGAGGAGGGCGUCAGUCAUCAGUGGGUAGGCGCCGCUUCAUGAAUCUAGGUCAGACUGCUGUGCGCUGCUCUCCCACAUCUCCGGCGGCCACUGGCGGUUUGAACCAACUGGGAGAAACUGUCACUUUAUAUCAGCAGGAAACGGAGCGAGGAAAUGAAAUGGUCUCCUGUUCUUGGUUCCUCUAUCUGUGUUUUAUGUGUACGUAUGCGUGUGUGUGUUGUGAUUCAAAUUCAAAGUCAAGGUUGCUUUCUGGUGCUAAAAAUCCCUCCACACGACCACCCCAGAGAGGCACAGAACCACAUGAUGAACAGUGAUGCAGAUAUAGUAGUCAAACUGUGAGUGACAGACUAUAUAUAGAGCUGCAUGUGCUGGUGAGUGGAGAUACUCUAGAGCCUUAGAAAGCUCAGAUUUACAGUGCAAGGUAAUAAGAGGGAGAUCAAAUGGAUGGGAAGAACGAGGUGGAAGGAGAUCGCGAGUGGUGAUCAGAGGGAAGUCCGUGUGACAGCGAGAUCCUUGUGACUUCCUUCAGUCAGUCAGAUCUGUGUGAGAAAAUGGCUCCCUGGUCUGUCUUUGUGUGUGUGUGUUUGUGUUUGUGUGUGAUGUGGGGGCGGCCUGUGCUGCUCUCUUUUUUGUGGUUGUCUUCUCCAUUUGGUGAAGCAUCUCUCCUUCCUCCUCUUCGUCCUCCUCCUGUCUCUCUGCGGUCGGCUAAAGCUCAAGCGUCCGUGCCAAGAAGGACUCUUGUUUCACUGGAGUCUCGGUUUCACGCCCUUUCCCUUCACCGUGACACCAACUCUCUCUCUCCCACUCUCUCUCUUCACCCGAGAGGCUGUGUACAUAGUAGUGCUGUAAAGCUUUGCUUGCUUGUUUAAUUUUUUUUUUAACUGUAGGCUGAGUUUAGACACAAGUGUCAUAUGACCGACUACUGUUUUUAUCUGGGGAUUUUUUUUUUUUUAAACUGGUUUGCUUUGUGUUCAUACAUUUGUUUGUUGUCACAUUAUGCUUUUAUUUUUCUCUUGCUAUUGUAUUUUAUUUUUAAAACUAGCAUUUUGAAACAGUUUUGCCAACACUAGAUAUGCUUUCUUUGUUUGAUUAAUGUUAAAGAAAAUGAUAUGAUUUAUCAUUUAUAGGGAUUUACAUCGGUUGUACCUCCUGCACAGUAUUCUCACUCAAGACAGUGGUCCACUCAUUGCUGUAACAGUUACAGGGGGAUAAAUGUAAUUAUUUUAGUUUUUUCACCAAAAUGGCAAAGGCUGUGAAUAACAUUUGGCACUUCAUGCAGUAAACAGUGGUUAAUCUGUGAUUCUUCGGGGAAAAAAAAAAAAAGAAAAAAAAAACAGGGAAGAAUGGGCUGAAAAAACUAACUUCAAGCCCACCAACAUUCAUUUUAGUGACCUCCUGGUCCUACCAAAACCUUUGACUAAGAAAAGACUAAGACUCAACCCUUGACUGUUGCUGUAUGUUGAUGUCUUAGCCCCUGGCUAUUCUAAAAUUGGACUGGUACCAGCAGGCCAGCUCCAUGCCCAAAGAGAGCGUGAUCGUGCUACGUCAGGCUCUGUUUGGGCAGACCCUGCUCAGAAACAGGCUACAGGCCCCGGAUCUGUGCAUCGUAGCCCGUUAAGAAGAACUGUCAGCAAAAUACAAAGCUCUGUGAGCGUCAGCACUCAGAGCGGAAGGGUGAGGUUUCAGUUCUUGUGAUGAAUCCACUCAAUGUGGAAUACAAAACAAAAAAGAAAAGAAAAGAAAGAAAAUAACAUGUGACUUUGUAGAUUUUGCACUUGUCGACUACCUAUCUGUGCAUGCUUAUCACCAUUUCUACAUGUAAGACCUUUCUCAGACGUACUUUUGAAUACUAACUAUUUAUGUAAGGGUCAUGUGACAGCAAUCAUAUUUUCAGUGUAUAUCAGAUGACACACUUAAUGUCUGUGCUUUCUUAAACACAAAAGAGAGCUGGCUCUUGAGAAGCAAAGAGAUUAAAGUCAGGGGAAAACGGUCCAAAAUAGUAUGAUUCCCCAAACAGGAACAAAAUGCUAUCAUCACUGGACCUAAUAAUAACUUCCUCUGUUAGUUUGAAGCAUUGAGAGGGCAAAAAAAGAGAAUCUUCUGACUGAUAUUGUCUCUGUGUCAAAUAGACUGUGGUGAAAUUUGCACAAAACUUCUAUAUGUUAAGUUUGUCAUCCCUGGGCAGCCCACUGAACACCCAUCCUCUCUGGGUUUGACAUGUCCUUGCCUGUCCUCUCCUGAUUUGUCUUGCCUUCAGACUGUUCCAGUGGGGCAGCUGACAGGGGUGAUAUUGGUUUUCACAGCUGUGACUGUGCAGUGACGCAGCAUGCCUAUGUAUAGAACUUUAUUCCCCUGAUUAGGAAAAUAAAUAAU